GUUGAUUGUGUUGUGAGGCAGCAACAAGAAGCAGUUGUUUCCUUUGGUGUUACAGAUGAUGCUUCUUCUGCAACUUCCUCCUCUGUCCUUUCUCUUUCUCUUCAUCUUCACCUUCCUCAUCUCAACAUCACACUCAUUACCCUUCAUUGUCAUUCACGGAAUUGGGGAUCAGUGUUCUAACCAUGGAGUGAAAAAAUUCACUGACGAAUUGAUCAGCUACUCUGGUGUUAAUGGAUAUUGCGUUGAGGUAGGAAAUGGAUCAUGGGAUUCAUGGUUUAUGCCUUUGCAAGAGCAGUUUGUUUUGGUUUAAAUGUUUGCAGACAGAUUAUGUUUGUCAGAAGGUGAGGGAAAUGAAUGAAUUGAAGGGAGGAUACAACAUUGUUGGCCUCUCCCAGGGAAAUUUAAUUGGUCGAGGUGUGGUCGAGUUUUGUGAAGGAGGACCUCCUGUUAAGAACUUUAUCUCUUUAGCUGGCCCUCAUGCUGGUACUGCUUCAGUUCCCCUAUGUGGUACAGGUAUCCUCUGCGUCCUUGCAGACAAUCUCAUCAAGGGAGAGGUUUACAGUACCUAUAUUCAAGAACACUUGGCUCCUAGCGGAUAUCUUAAAUUACCAAAUGCCAUACCUAAAUAUUUGGAGAGCUGUAGGUACCUCCCUAAGCUUAAUAAUGAAAGACCUGCUGAGAGGAAUUCCACUUACAAGGAAAGAUUUAGUAGCUUGCUGAAUUUGGUACUUAUCAUGUUUGAGCAAGACACGGUUUUAAUACCGAAAGAAACAUCCUGGUUUGGUUAUUAUCCAGAUGGCUACUUCAAGCCAAUUUUACCGCCGCAAGAGACAAAACUCUACACUGAAGAUUGGAUUGGCCUAAGAACUUUAGAUGAAGCUGGCCGUGUCCAUUUUGUUAGCAUUGAAGGAAAACAUCUGGGAAUUUCUGAGACUGAUAUGAAGAAACAUGUAGUGCCAUAUUUGAUUGAUCAAUCAUCAAGAAAAGAUAGCACCACAAAGGCUGAUUUUUGGAGGAUGCAUAGAGUUCAUCAGAGAUUUAUUCAAAGCAAUGCAAUGGUGUAAAAACUCAAACAGUGGAGGAAGAAUCAUCAAGCUCCAGCCACGAAAUUACUAGAUUGAUCAUUGUCAUCUAGGUUACAUAUAUAUAUAUACUACUUUGUUGCAAAAUAUAAGUAAAAAUGAGUUAAAAAAAAUUAAUGUAUUUGGUCUAAAUUUUGAAUCAAAUACAUUAACUUUUGUUGACAUUUUUUGCUUAUAUUUUGGGACGGAGGACCAUGCAAGGCCUUCAUUGGUGAAAUUAUUGGCAGCAUUAAUGAAGAGAAGUCUACAAAAAUUGAAGUCUAUCAUAUUAUACUUAAUUAGUAAACAAUAAUCCAUUACUUUAGAAUGUCUUGAAUUUCAAAAAAGAAAGAAGGAAGAUAACCAAUUAUCUAAUAAAUUGUGGAAGAACAUAUGUUUGGACUGAUCAAAAGAGUUAUUUGCAUAUACUUGUGAUA